AUGGUCCUCGAAGCUACAAUGGUCGCUAUAGACAACUCCGAAUAUAUGAGAAAUGGAGAUUAUCUAACUACAAGAUAUGACGCACAAUUGACUGCAACAGAGUUCAUAUUCCAAAACAAGAUUAAUUCCAAUCCCGAAAAUACAGUGGGGUUGUUGGCUUAUGGGGGCACGGGUCCUCAAGUCUUGAGUACAUUAACAACAGACUAUGGUAAGAUAUUGUCAGGAGUGCACGAGACCAAAAUUCACGGUGAGAAUCACUUCAGUAAUGGCAUUGAGGUUGCUGCAUUAGCCUUGAAACAUCGUCAAAAUAAAGUACAACAUCAAAGAAUCAUAAUAUUCGUUGGGUCUCCUUUGAAGGAAGAUGAAAAGCAGUUGGAAAAACUUGCAAAGAAGUUAAAAAAGAACAACGUGGCCAUCGACAUCAUAAACUUUGGUGAAGAAAGUGUAAAUACCAGCAAAUUGGAAAAGUUCCACUCAAUUGUAAACAACCACGAUAAUUCACAUUUGGUAACCAUCCCACCUGGGCCAAGACUUUUGUAUGAAGUUGUUGCUACAUCUUCUAUCCUAGUGGAGGAUGGUGCUUUUGGAGGUGCAGGCAGUGGCGAACAAGACUUUUUCGGUGGAGGUGGAGUUGCAGGUGCAGGAGACAUUAUUGACCCUAACAUGGAUCCAGAUUUAGCUUUGGCAUUGAGGUUGUCUUUAGAAGAAGAGAAGGCUAGACAGGAAAGGGAGGCUGCCGAAAAGGCCAAGAGCGAGGGCGGUGGAAGUGGAAGUGACAAGCCUGAAGACGCUAAAAAAGAUGAUGGAGACAAAGACGGUGGUGAUCAGGAUGUGAAGAUGGAAGAGUCUAAAUAG